AUGAACUCUGGCCUGAGGAAGCUACAGUACUGCGUCUCUCAGGAGAUCGACUCCAAGAAGCUGCAGAAGUUCAAGAAGCUGAAGGUCAAGCAGGACGACCCUCUGAAGCAGAAGGAGCGCCAGAAGCUGAUCCGCGCGGAGGAGGAGAGACUUCGCCGCCCUGGCUGGCAAGAAGAAGCGAUGACGCGGCCUCGGCCUCGCCGCGCCUCCCUCGCGUGGGCGCGCUCGUCCAGCAGGCUCGGGAUGGAGGAGCAAGGAGUCAUGGUAAUCAUGAGGUGGCUGCCAGGGCUCACCUUUCAGGCAUCGCCCGCGCGCGUCGGCACGCCACGUUGCCGGGGCCUUGUUCGGCCGGCGGGCGUGUUAUGA